CGUCUUCGGAGGCUUCCAAUGCGGCUCUGGCCGCCGCUCUUCAGGUCGGGCUCUCCGUUCUGCAAUCCGAAGCUGCCCGAGAUGCCGAGGUCCUUCAGGCAAAGAAUAAGGUGGACGCGGCCUUAAACAAGGCGAGAGAGGCCGCUCGUCUCCAGGAGAAGGAGAUGGCGGCCAAGGAUAAAGAACUGCAGGCUGCCAUGAAGGUAGCUCGCGAGUCCUCCGCGAAGAUCGCGGUUCUGGAGAAGGUCGGGUUCAAGCUCGUCCCGGCUCUCCCCGCUUCCAAGGAUGAGGCCCCUGAGUGGCUCGUCGAUGAUUCCGG